CUCUCUCAGUUUUACCAAAACCUUCGAACAGAAAGGAUGUGACCAAGUUCUCUCUUGAAGUUCUAUAAUAACAAAUCAUGGAAAUAUCAUUAGUUUUAUCUGUUCUAUUCAUCGCCCAACUGUCCAGUGCAUAUCCUGUAUCCCUGAGACUAGAGGAUGUUUUUAUAUCAGUGAAAACUUCGGGAAAAUUUCAUAAAACCCGACUUACUCCGAUCCUGGAGACAUGGUUUCAAACUGCUCCGGAGCAAACCUGGUUCUUCACUGAUUCCGAGGACCCUGAGCUGAACCUGAGGACUGGAGGACAUCUCAUCAAUACAGGUUGUCCUGCUGACCACAGCAGGACAGCACUGAGCUGCAAGAUGGAGGCAGAGCUCACUGAGUUCCUGAAGUCGGAAAAAAGUUGGUUUUGUCACGUUGAUGAUGAUAAUUAUCUCAAUGCAAGAAGUUUAGUUAAAAUUCUAGCUAAAUAUACUCCGGAGAAGGAUUGGUAUCUGGGAAAGGUUUCAAUCCCUCAACCCUUAGAGAUAUUGGACAGGCUUGUUCUCCCAACUCAGAGAAAGGUUAGAUUCUGGUUUGCCACAGGCGGAGCCGGAUUCUGUCUCUCUAGAUCCAUGGCUGAGAAAAUGCGUCCCUGGAUUGACAACGGCCAGUUUCAAAAGUUGGCCGACGAAAUUCGUCUCCCAGAUGAUGUAACAGUGGGCUACAUUUCCGAAGUUUUGCUCCAGGUUCCUUUGGAGCAGGUUCCACAGUUUCAUUCCCACCUGGAGCCCCUGAGAUUAGUUUCUCAUCCGGAGACGGAGAUUACCCUGAGCUACUCCCAGUACGAGGACUCAGGAGAGAUGAACCUGGUAGAGUUGGACGGAGGGAACGAUAUCAAAGAAAAUAUUCUAAAUGAUGAAACAAUGUUUUAUGCAGUACACUGUAAACUCUAUCCUGGAUCAUGCAGUACACUGUAAACUCUUCAGAUAAUGCAGUACACUGUAAACUGUAUCCUAGAUCAUGCAGUACACCGUAAACUCUAUCCUGGAUCAUGCAGUACACUGUAAACUAUACCCUAGAUCAUGCAGUACACUGUAAACUCUAUCCUAGAUCAUGCAGUACAUCGUUAACUCUAUCCUAGAUCAUGCAGUACACAGUAAACUGUAUCUUAGAUCAUGCAGUACACUGUAAACUAUACCCUAGAUCAUGCAGUACACUGUUAACUCUAUCCUAGAUCAUGCAGUACAUCGUUAACUCUAUCCUAUAUGAUGCAGUACACUGUAAACUAUAUUCUACACCGUAAUUCCAGUGAUCGAAGUUAGAACAUUGCUGUCAAAUGAAGUCGUGAAGAUGAGAGUGAUUAAUAGUUGCUUACAAGAAAUAUUCACACUGAUGAUCCCCCCCUCCAUCCAUAUUUCGUUGAACUAUCUAAAUACAUUCUGAGAAAUAUUCAACCUGUUAUAAACCAUCUGUAAUUAAUCAAUGAAUUAAUUAUACUCGGCUGUGAUUUGUAAUUAAAUGAUUCAUGCUUAAAUAUCUAUUAAUAAAUUAUCAAUUUUCAUG